AUGAGCUGGCACAACAACAGUCGCCACAAUAGCGACAUCGACAGUGAAAACUCGUUUUCAGACAUUGAAUUCGAAAAUGGGGCCUUGACGAUUGAAUUUGAUUAUGAGAAGUCCGAUAUUGAAUCCCAUCUCUCGAAUUAUGCAUCCACAGCACGAGAGGUAUACUUCAACCUCACCUUCCCAACAGCAGAAGACGAUUUGGACAACGAAAGAAUCAAGGAUGAAAUCGCAGAGAUUGUUAAGAUCUUCAACGACGAGUUUAUAAAUCUAUCUACCAUCGAGGUCACAUUCCGACUAGAGGAAAAGCACCUCGGCCAGCUUGCAUGCGCGCUUCCCUUUCGCGAGAUCCACAAUCGCAGUGCCAGGUUUGAGUAUUACAUAGAUGGGCAGUAUCAAGCCAGUGUCCGAAUGAACUCGCCAUGGUUUGAACAACUUGAUGAUGAAAAUAUUUUAGAGAACCCUAGUUAUUAUUAUGAAAGCGAUUGUUAG